CGGCCACUUUAAUGCCAUAGUAGGGGAGAACUGACCAAUUUGCGCUCCACCAUUUUCAUGUUAUUCCAAUAUCAUUGAUUUUACUUUAACUUAAAUUUACCUAUAAAAUGUCAAAAUUUCCAUUAAAUUUUUAUUAGUUUCCAAAAAUUAUAACUAGCAAAGUUUCAUGUUACGCAUUCUUCCGUGCGGGAUGCAGUUUUACAAAAGCAAUAUUUUCCUCGUUGCCUGGUUGGUGUUGGCUGCGUAUUGUUUGGCCGAGCAAUCAUAUGAAAUAAUAAAUGAGCGCAUGGAAAGUUAUCCUGGUUUGCAGGAGACUAGAGUUAUUGCAGAUAACUUGAAGAUUGUCGGUCGUGAGCGUUCCAUGAAUGGAACAUUGAUAUUUCUCGACGAUUGUGACAAUGAGCACUAUAAGUUUGAUAUAAAACUAUACUCGGAUCCCAAUGAUGAUGGUAACUUCAAACUUUUACCGAUGGGUGUACCACGCAUGCCUAUGUGUGAUGGUCUUAGAACUUACUAUGUACAAGUCGUACAACCCUCACUCACGUAUGGUGUAAACACUAAUUUGCCUCAUAUACCUGCUGAAGGUUUGUGUCCGCUACCAAAAGAUGAAUAUUAUUUAAAGAAUUUGCUUCUGGAUACCGAUACGUGGCCGAAUCAGAUACCAAGAGGUCUUUUGAAAGCGAAAAUGACAAUUUUUAAAGAUGAUAUUGAUGUUGGCGCAGGUGCAUUGGUAAUGAAAAUCACCGAUCCCAAAUGAUGGAUACUGCCAAAUGUAUGGAGAAAAGAUGAUUUGUAAUAAAAAUU